AUGGAGACGAGGAGCGUGAAUUGGAGUGAGCUUCCGAGGGAGCUACUAUCAAUGAUCGGUAACAUUCUUGAUACUUGGAUCAACGUUCUCCGAUUCCAUAGCGUCUGCAAUUCAUGGCGUUCGUCAAUCUCUCCAUUUCAUCAAACGGAUCUUCCUCCACCUCUUAAAAUCCCUUUUCGAUGUUCCACCCCACAAGAACAACGGAUAUUCCUCUCAAAACAUACCAUCUACCGUCUAGAACCAAUCCAUGGAAACAAUAAUACAGACUUUUCAAAUUCAAAUUCAAUAUCUGCUCGGCUUCCUUCAAAGGCAUGUUUGGUUAAGGUUCCAGAGACUAGAGGUCCAUUCCACGCCAAUCGAAUUGUUGUUGGCCACCCAGCUUCAGUUCCAAACUUUCUGAGUUCGUUAGAUUUUAGGAUGGUCAAGUUAGGCAAAUCUUAUGGACUCAGUUAUAUCGAUCUCGUUUGGUACAUGAUCUGGAUGAGUAAAGUAAUCAAGUACCCUGAUACAGCAGCAUCCGCUUUCUUGGAAAAUUGUUCAAUUUUCGUAAUCUACAAUGGAGGAAAGUUGGGUUACGUCAACUGCGGAGAUCAAAAACUAACCUUCAAGGAUGGUCGAAUCAUUGAUGAUUGCGAUGACAUAGUUGUUUAUGUUAGAGUUUGGGCCCAUGUAUAUGUGAAUGAUUUGGGCCUCAAAAGAACUGUUUCUUGGAAGUUGAAGCUUACACGAUUUUUGGCACCGCUGUUGGGUUCGGGAGGUGGUCAGAAAUAUUUAGUGGAGUCAUGUGGACAGCUUUAUAUGGUUGAUAAGUACUUUGAAAAUGAUGAUGAACAGAAAAAGAUAGAAGGGCAAGGUCCUUCCAAUGGUACUCGUCGUAUUUUCACGUAUGGGGGUGCUCUUACUGAUGGUGAACAUUAUAAAAGAAUGAGGCCGCUUGGCCAGGGCAAGAAGACAAUUGAUUUCAAGGUUUAUAAGAUUGAUGAAGAAGGGGGCAACUGGGUGCAAGUGGCCAACUUGGGUGCCUGA